CUCUCCUCCCCGACAAACCCCAAUUUUCGAUUUCGACUCAAUUCAUUCUCUCCAGGCCGAUUCUUCCUCACCUCCUGGUUGUCUGAAGAUUUGGAACAAGCCGCAACUUUUUUUUUCUCUAGUUUCCGAUCAUCGGUUUAGAAAUUACUGGAGAUGGCCGCUAAAAUUCUUGCAAACUUGAUUAUCAUGGGUUCCGGAAUAGUAGCCAGAGCUUUUGUUCAGGCAUAUCGUCAGGCACUUACAAAUGCAUCAAAAUCCGGUGUUGCGCAUGAAGCAGUCCAGAAUAUUAAGAGAGGAAGCAAAGUUAUGGCUGAACCAGAGGCCAGACAGGUUCUUGGUGUCACAGAGAAUUCAUCGUGGGAGGAAGUUGUAAAGAAAUAUGACAACUUAUUCGAAAGGAACGCACAAAACGGGAGCUUUUAUCUGCAGUCAAAGGUUCACAGGGCCAAGGAAUGCUUAGAGGUGGUUUACCAGAAGAGAGCAGAGGGGAAGAAUACUGACUCAUAAGUUAGAGGAGGCGAUCUGCUUAAACUCUGAGGAGAAAAUCUUAUUCUUUGAUCUCCUUCUGUUCACUGUAUAGGUGUAGCAGUGUCACUUAAAACCCUAGUCUUUUGGGCAUCCAAAAAUAGAAACAGGGAAGGAAAUGCGGCUAACUGAUAAAGAGUCUACAGGUGUUUGUAUGGAAUUGUUGCCGUUGACUUUUUGAGAGCUUUGUGGAUGGAGGUCAACGACAUGUUUGAUUUGAUCUUUCAUGUUCUUGCGUCGUGUUUCGAGUUUGUGUGUCUGUGUUCUUCUUACGAAUCAAGACUUCGAGCCUUUUGUUGA